AUGGCGAAUAACGAUGUGCUGGAAGGAUUUAUAUGCCCCAUAUGCAUAACCGACUUUAAGGCGCCCAAUCACUUAACGAAGCACUUCGAAGAGGUUCACAAUGACGAUCCAGAGAUUCUGAGAUCCCUGAAAGAUUUGUUUGGCAAAGCCAAGAAAAAGAUCUUGAAGCAGGACGAUAUACCGGAAUCAUUUCCAGGCGAGAUAUCGCAAGACAAGAGGCGGAGUCCUGAAAUUAAUUGGGGACCACAAGAAAUAGGUGCAAUUACUUCUCAUACAAAGUAUUUUAAGGACAUAAGAAAUACUCGGCUAGAGCGAUACGCGUAUGAAACGAAUAAACUUCUUAUAAGGCUAGAUAAAUUAUUAAAUAACUUACCGUCGGAUCCUGUUGAUAGAAAAGUUCACGAACGAACGAUCGUACCAUGGAUCGAUGAGAAAGAUGUGAAAUUGUGUCCUAAUUGCGCUAAAAGCUUUCAUUUGGCAAGGCGAAAACAUCACUGUAGAUUAUGUGGAGCAGUUAUGUGCCAUAAUUGUACAGUAUUUUUGUCGCUGAAUGAUGCACGAAAAAUGACUAGUCCUGUAUCAAUACAAGAUGAUUCUGCUCUGUCUCCUACAUCAGAACGAGCGUUUUCUGAGAGAAUGACACCAAUGACACGUAGAGGCAUUGGUCUCUCAAAAUUAGCGCGAUCACCUUCCAACGGUAGUUUGAAUAGUGUUUUAUCGUUGGUCAAUGAUUCGGCUAGUAGCGAACAGCACUUUAGAAUUUGUAUUCAUUGUAUAAAUUUACUUGAUGCGAGAGAAAUGCAAAAAGCGAAGCAAUUUGACAAACCCAUUGUUUGUGAGUUUUACGAAAAGAUGAGGGAAUACAUGAGCGAAGCUUCGCAACAUUUAACAAUGUAUAACAAAAUGUGGGAAUCGUUGAAAGAAGGCGAGACUACAUACAGUUUAGAAGAUGCACAAUCAUUACGGGUCAAAUUGGCAAAAUUAGGGGAAAACAUAGAUAUAACCAGUAAAAGAAUUCUAGUCCUUGGUGUGAAGAAAAAUACAGAGAAUUUGAUGCAAGAAGCAUUGGGGCAAGAAUUGAGGCUGUAUCAGAUGGUUAGAACAUCGGCAAUGAUUUUUUUAAAAGAAGAGUUGUUAACUCUACAACCUUUACCCUCAGUAGAGGAAUAUACAGCUUUACAGGAAGAACGUCAGAAAAGGAUAGAAGCGCGAAUAGCAUACGAACGACAAUUGGAGGAAGAACGGGAGAAACCAAAAGAAUCACGCAAGAAAGACACAUGGAAUUUGGACAGUAGUUCUUUGAAAACCAACCAGGCACAAGUGAUAAUGACUCAGUCUCAAGGCUGGGGUCCAUCUCACAUUACACCCAUCAUGUCUUCCUCGAUGGAUCCGAUAAUCGAACAAAUGAGUAAUCUUCGCGCUUAUAUCAAGCAAGCGCGCGCCGAUUGCAAAUAUGACGAGGUUGCAACGCUCGAGAACAAUCUUCGAGAACUUCAAAGUGCCUAUUUCACUAUGAAACAAAGUAAUAAUGAUGGAUAGACAUAUUUCAACAUUUCUUAUACUUGUAAAAUAUUGAAUUUCUCUUUAGUAUGUUAUUUCUCUGUUGGUUUUUGUAAAAAAAUUAUAAAUUCCCUCCGAUUAAAAUUUUUGAAUAUAAAUUUAUAUAGUACAUAUACAAAUAAAAUAUUUAAAAAUGCUACAAGAUCUCGAUAUAAAAAUUUCCUAUGUAUAGUUCUUGUAUUCGUUUGUUUUAUAUUAAAAAUAUUUAAUUCCUA